CAAAGCGUCCGAUCAAUCACAGAAAAUCGUCCCUCCAUAUCUCCCCAGCUCUUCUUCCUCCUCCGACGCUCCCGUGUCAUCUGGUUCUUCUUCCUCAGAUAGCGAAGAAGGCUAGUAGAUCCGGUCGAGAGGGCGCGGCGAUGUCGGACGUGACGGCGGUGAUGGAUCUGGAGGUGGAGGAGCCGCGGCUCUCGCUCCCGCCGGGCUUCCGGUUUCAUCCGACCGACGAGGAGGUGGUCACCCACUACCUCACCCCCAAGGCCGUCAACAACGCCUUCUCCUGCCUCGUGAUCGCCGACGUCGACCUCAACAAGACCGAGCCGUGGGAUCUCCCCGGGAAGGCGAAGAUGGGGGAGAAGGAGUGGUACUUCUUCGUGCACAAGGAUCGCAAGUACCCGACGGGCACGCGCACCAACCGCGCCACGGAGAAGGGGUACUGGAAGGCGACGGGGAAGGACAAGGAGAUCUUCCGCGGCAAGGGCCGCGACGCCGUCCUCGUCGGCAUGAAGAAGACGCUCGUCUUCUACACCGGCCGAGCGCCCCGCGGGGACAAGACGCCGUACGUGAUGCACGAGUACCGCCUCGAGGGCCAGCUCCCCCACCGCCUCCCCCGCUCCGCCAGGAACGAUUGGGCUGUUUGCCGGGUUUUCGACAAGGACUUGGCGGCGAAGAAUGCGCCGCCCCAGACGGCGUCGGCGGCCGUCGGGGUCAUGGAGGACCCGUACGCCUUCCUCGACGUUGACGACUUCUUCAACAACCCCGACCUGCCGAUGCUCAUGGACUCCCCGUCAGGCGCCGACGACUUCGCCGGCGCCUCGAGCUCCACCUCCAGCGCCGCCGUGCCGCUCGAGCCGGACAUGGAGCACCUUUCCAUCAAGACGGAACCGCCGGUGCCGCAGCAGCAGAUGCAGAGCCCCAACUACUUCUUCAUGCCGGCGACGACGGCCAACGGCAACCACGGCGGCGGCGCGUACUCGCCCUACCAGGCCAUGGGGGAGCAGCAGAGCGCGAUCCGCAGGCACUGCAAGCCGGAGGCGGCGUCUUCGUCGGCGCUGCUGAGCCCCUCGCUCGGCUUCGACACCGGGGCGCUCGCCGGCGGGGACACCUCGUUCGUGAUACCGUCGUCGCGGUCGUACCUCGAUCUGGAGGAGCUGUGCCGGGGCGAGCCUCCCAUGGACUACUCCAACAUGUGGAAGAUCUGAUUGAAUCCAUCCAUCUCUCCGAUGGACCGGAGCGUCUCAGCUUGCUGGUAGCCAUAGACGGUUAAUUUGGUUGGUGCUAGCUCUUGGAUUGAUUAGUUGCUUCAUUAACUUUGGUUAUUAAGGAUUGGGUUAAUUAGGCGCGCGGCGAUGAUUCGAGGAGGAUCGUCGCGUGUGUUGUUGUUGAUGCGUGCAAGGCAUGUGAGCGAGCGAGUGCUGAUUAAUCUUAAUUAGGGUGUGAGAUAUCAAACUGCUAGGAGGCAUCUGUAGUUUGUUUGUACAUAUAUAGGUACCAGAUUGCCGUCAUACAGUUCAGUGAUUAGGGGGGUGAAUUGGAGGGUGAGAGAUCAUACCGAGACCGAGUUUGAUUGAUGAAUCUGAUUGUGUGUUGAUGGAAAUGAAUUAUUCCCCUUCUAGAUGAA